GUCAUGUGCUCGGAUGUCACCUCCUGAGAGUCGAUUGAUAAAACAUCUGCACCGUCUUAACCGGAUAGUCUAAAAGCAGGUGUAGCCGGUCCACUCUUUUCUAGACCUACGGUCCCUCAGAGCUUUGCUCAUGUGACUGCGAGACACAACACAGCUGUCUCACCGGCUGAGAUGAAGAUACAUAACAUAUAUGCUACUUGUACCUUCGUGUCUUCUUAACUAACCUCCCGUGUCUUUGGUUUACAACUAACCUACUUCACAAGAGAGACAAGCUCCCACUGAGCUUCAUCCUCCUCCUCAUCAUCUCUCCACCUUGCUCUGCAUUGGAUCCAUUCUGCGCUUCACAGGUUUCAGGGACACCAUGGCUCAGUGACAUCAUUUUUCCAACUUAAUAUUUCCCGGGUGAGCCGAGUGCCAUGCCGCUGACAAAUGGCCACUACUCCAUCAACUCGGCACCUCUGGACGAGAGCGAGGACAUUGAACCCCUCAUCGAGAGCGAUGCAGUCCCUCCCCAGUGCUGCUCGGCUCGCCUCAACCUGGCCUUCCUGAUGUUCUUGGGGUUCUCUGUGGUCUACGGUCUCCGUGUCAACCUCAGUGUUGCCAUGGUAGCCAUGGUGAAUACCACUGACCCUGAACCAUCCCAGAACAGCUCUUUAAUCAAUGCCUGUCCACUGCCAGCGGGGUCGGAAAACACCAGUGACCCUUUCCUUCAACCUAAGGGGAUCCCCCAGUACCCGUGGGACUCGGAGACUCAGGGCUGGAUGCUGGGGGCCUUUUUCUUCGGCUACCUGUGCACACAGAUCCCGGGUGGCUACCUGUCCGAUCACUACGGGGGGAGGAUCUUCUUGGGUUUGGGAGUGCUGGGCACCGCUGCCCUUACGCUGCUCACCCCUCUGGCUGCCAAGAUGGGCUCAUACUGGCUGUUUGCACUACGAGCGUUGGAGGGCUUUGGGGAGGGUGUGACGUUCCCCGCCAUGAUGUCCAUGUGGGCUCGGUGGGCUCCUCCUCUGGAGCGCUCUCGCCUGAUGACCCUGUCGGGAUCUGGGGGCAACUUUGGGGCCUUUGUGGCUCUGCCGCUCACCGGCUACGUCUGCCAGACAUUAGGCUGGCCCGCUGUCUUCUACCUCUGCGGGGGGGCUGGUUGUCUGUGGGCGGUCUUUUGGUUUGCGUUUGUAUCAAAUGACCCUCGCACGCACCGUCGAAUCAGCAAAGAGGAGAGAGACUACAUCAUAAACUCCAUCGGACCUCAGGGUACAGGUCAUGGCUGGUCCGUUCCCGUGCUGCACAUGCUGCUGUCGGCCCCUCUGUGGGCCAUCAUCAUCACCCAGAUGUGCUCAAACUGGUCCUACUACACCCUGCUCACCUCCCUGCCCACUUACAUGAACGACAUCAUGCACUUUGACAUCAAAUCAAAUGGGUUCCUCUCCGCUCUGCCGUACCUCGGUGCCUGGUUGUUCUCGAUGCUGUCGGGCGUCGCAGCGGACAGCCUCAUCGAGAGGAAGGUGUUCAGCAUCACCGUCGUACGCAAGCUCUUCACCCUCGUAGGUCUGUUGUCUGCGGCAGCGUUUCUCGUGGCUGUGAGUUACGCCGGCUGCAGCCACAUCCUCACCGUCACCUUCCUCACCCUCUCCACAACCAUAGGAGCGACCACGGCCUCCGGAGUCUACAUGAACCAAAUAGACAUCGCUCCACGGUACGCAGGACUCCUUCUAGGAAUCACCAACACAUUCGGGACCAUCCCUGGAAUCUUGGCACCCAUCGCUACCGGAUACUUCACUGAGGAUCGCACCCUGGCGGGCUGGAGAAAGGUGUUCUGGUUGGCUGCUGGGCUCCACGUUGCCGGUGCUCUCGUCUUCACAGUAUUCGGCAGCGGGAAGGUCCAGCCGUGGGCCGUCGCCGAGGAGGACGGAGCGGAAGCUGAGAAAGACAGGAGCAGGUCCAACUCCACGUAAAUCGUGAAUAUUCAGAGGAAGACAUGGGACAAACAGAAGUGGCACAAGCAGGAUAACUUUAAUAGACAGUUGGAACCCAGGAAAAGAGAUUACUACCUCUUUAAAUUGUAUAAAUACGAGAACAAAAUCUAUGCUGUAUUCACAGUGAUCAAAUGUAUAGAGUGUUAGAGGUGUACAAACAUCAUUAUCAGUCGAGAAUAGCUUUUUAUAUUAGUGGACCAGGAAAGUUUGAGCAAGAAUAAUAUAAAUGUUGGGGAUUCUUAUUGUUAUUUUUAUCUAUAACAUCCUGGAAAGUUUCUAAUCGGGUGAGCAUUUGAACUGAUUUGUAUAACAUUUCCAGCAAAGAGCUCAUAAUAGUAGUUUUAGUUUUUAGCCAUAUUUAUACAGUAGGAAAUUUUUUUUUCCUGAGCUGUGAAUGAGACGGGACCCAUUAUAUUCCAUAAGUCUUUGAAAGUGUAAUCAACCACUCUACCUUUACCGCUUUGUUUACAGCGGUGUCUGUUUCUAGGCAGACUAGCAGGAACCAAAGAAGCACUUUUAUCAUAAUAUACAAAAAUAUUUUUGCAAAUAACUCUUUCUAGGACUUUUCUUUUUUUUUAUCUUUAGAAAUAUAGGUUUCUUUAGUCUGAUCAAGAAAAAAACCAAAGCACCUUCUCCUGCCAAGAAUGUGAUAUUUUUUUGUUACAGUGCCAUGAACUAAGACUUACUUUUUGAGAUAAAUUAGAAAUAUGUGCAUUUGCAGCGUUUUUAAUCUCACCGUUUCUACGAUAAUUGUUGUUUUUAUAGACACAGGACUCAACCAUUCUUUCUCUCAUGCCUUCUGUCGAAAUAAACUGCGAUUGUAAAUUCAUACAAUGUUUUUAAACAGAUGCAAUAAUGUGUUCACCUUCUCUGGGCUUUGGAAAUGUGUGAGGUUGUACAACAUAUAUGAAAUGUGUCUUAAUUUAUAUUUUUUGUGGGAAGAAUCAAGUCUGUUUUACUGAGCAAAACUAAAAUCUGUGGGAUAU